GAAGAAGACGGCUCACUCGACGGGGGUGAAGCCUGUCGGUAUGUGUGUGGUGGGAUUUUGGCUGGGAAAAUGAUGAAGGGUCUUACUAAAGAAUUACUUUGAAUUGAUCAUCUAUGUGCAAUACGGUCGAGUGUGAAAGACGACUGAACGUUUGUUUGCAUUUAGCAUCGAUCACAUUCCCCAAGACAGGCAACCCAAGGAAAUAUAAAACAUAAACAUGUGUGUUUCUAUCUUCAUCUUGUCAUUCACGAGGGGAGGACAUUCCUGUAAACAUAAAGACGAACUAUCAAGGGUUGGAUGUGCUACACGGUUGUUGUCGGUUUUAUUAUUUUUUCUUUGAAACACAAAGGUGUUUUACCACGAUAAAAUGCUAAUUGGAUAAGAGGUGAAGAAAAUCAACAAAGGAAAGCCCAAUGAGCGGCACACAGUCCACGCUUGCUGAGAGGACAAUCCUGUGUCAAUUCUAGACAGAAAAGAGGACAUAGCAGGGAAAAUAAUGAGCAGAUGAGAAAAUCCACCACAAAUGGGAAAAGGUACCAUUGGACAGAUUCCUUCUUCAUUGCCAGAGAUGUAUGAGCAGAGAUGUAACAGAGGAAAUGAGCCAGGGGAGGAGUUGGCAAAUAGAGAUAUACAGCAGUCACCUAAAGCAAACUCUGCAAUGAUAUCGGACCGUAAAGAGGAUGAAAACACCACCAUACGGCUUGAAGACGACCAUGUGGAUGAGAGCAGAGCAGCAGAGGUGCAGGGUGUCGGCACCUCUCUUAAAGUGACGAUACAGCGCAGCAGUGAGAGUCGAGCCUUCAGCACUACACCUGAGGAAUCGACUGCAGGUGCGAGCCACGACGGCGAGACAGUCAGACUUACCUGUCACAUUUGCAAUGUCACCUGUCCUGACCAGCAAGCCUUUCAGAUGCAUAUGGUCAGUUUGGAUCAUCAGCAGCGUAUGAUGGAAAUCCAGCAUGCGGGUAACACGUGCUUGGCCACAUUGCUACCCCAAAGCCAGGAGUGCCUGCAGGGCAUUAACAGAGCAAGGAAGAUGGGCCAUCAGCGCUGGUGUCCAAACUGCCAGUGUCAUUUUUCUGGUGACCUCAUAGAGCACAGGCGAACUACAAAACACAAGCUGGCGAAGGUCUCCUCAAGACCUUUCUGUACACUGUGCGAGCGUCACUUCAGAACUCCUCGUAAGUUUGUUGAGCACAUGAAGUCUCCCGAGCACAAGAGAAAGGUUGAGGAGGUCAGAAAUGAGGGCGACCCAGAAGUCAUGGAAGAGUUAAUAACAGUGGAUGCUGUUGGUUGUUUCGAAGGGGAAGAUGAUUAUGAGGAGGAAAGAAAUGAAGGGGUUCCCACGAUUGAGAAGCAACCUACCCAUAAAAAGAUUAUUCCUGAGGAAACAACUAAAUGUGUGGUGUAUGAUCCAGAAACACAGUAUGGCACUAAUUUUGUGGUUCCUGUUGCUGGCUUCCUGUGUCAGCUGUGCAAUACAUUUUACCAAUUUGAGUCUACUGCAAUGGAAACCCACUGCAGGUCGUUUAUGCACUUUCAGAACUUACAGAAGUACAAUGCUAAGACGACACAGAAGGAGCUUCCUCAUGAGAAGGACCAUGAAAGUGAUGUCUCAUGCAGCAGUCCCAUGUUGGACACCCGAGAACCGGAACUCAUUGCUGGCUGCUCUGACAUUUCCGACAGUACACGAUCAGAUCUCAACAUAUCACGGAUCCAUGACGCAAAGAAGAGAAAGCGAUCUAAAAGACCUCGAAAAUCUAUGACUUCAUACUUGAAAAACAUUGUAGCUCCACAGAACUCUUCUGUGGCCAUGAAACACUUAGUGUGUACUUCACUUUUCGGUCCGGGGUGCAAGCAGGAGUCAUACAACCCAGAAAGCAGAGAGUCAGGAGAGUCCAUUGAAAAAGCAAAAAACUCUUAUGACCAGAACUAUCAUCCCGAAGAGCACAAAAAAUUGAGCACAACAGAGACACAAAGUUCGUGCCACGUUUCACAGUUAAACUCAGAGACUCUUAUACAAUUUAUGGAGUUUAAAGAGACAGUCAGCAAAGACCAAACAAAGCAAAUUUGUGUUUAUAAAAGCCCAGGGAGAACUGUGAAAAAAACGUGAUGGGAUGGUGUACAACAGUCUUAGGGUGUUACAAAAUAGUAAUAAUGUACUUAAUGUAUAAUGUAUAUUACAUAAAGCUCAAUAAAUGCUUAGCCUUUUAAAUCUUACAUUCUAUAAGAGGUUUUUUUUACCUCUUGGGGUAUCUUAAAAACAGUUUUCUUUAUGAUUUCGGUAACAACAAGGUACUAGGGACACUUUGGGGUGGUUUCAUGGACCACCUUAAGCUUAGUCCCAGACUAAAAUGCAUGUUUGAGCUGCAAAAAGCUUGCACUGACUUAUUUAAAAAUAUAACAUUGUCAUUGUUUUGUCUCAAGAUGUACACCAUUAAAGUUUUUGUCAGGUAUGUUUGUAAAAUUUACCUAAAAUGCCUAAUAUAACCUAGACCUAGUCCUGGCUUAAUCUAAACCUUGUCCAGGAAACUGCCCUUUUAUGUGUGUGUGUGCAUGUGCGUGUGUGUGUGUGUUUUAUAUAAAAGUCUUAGUUUAUUUAGUAAGGCACAGAUUAGACAUCCGUAUUUUUCAUAUAAAAAGGGAUGCAUCAUUGUCAUAUCAUAAAUGAAUGGUUGAAAAAAUUGAAGGUUUCUUGACCGAAAUGCCCCUUGUGAUCUUAAAAAUCACUUAAUCUGAAUAUGUAAGCUUCAUUUUAUGGAAUAAAAUAAUUA